AUGACUCCAGGUUCAGUCCCACAGAUGGUGAAAUAUGGACAGCUGAUCCCAACUGUAAGCCCUAGAGAACUGGCCCCAGAACUUCAACUGCAGAUUGUAACAUCUAAUGAGUUGGCUCCUAUUUCACAGCUGGAAAGUGGGAAUUCUGUGAAGUUAGCCCCAGGGUCUCAGCUUCAAGGUGUGAAAUCUGUGCUGCUGACCCCAGAACCACAGCCCCAAAGUACAAAAUCUGAGGAGUUAACUCUAGAAAGCCAUACCUUCCAAGUUACUGAGCCUUCAGAGAUACCCCUAAGGUCAGAAUACGAAAACACAGAACCUUUUGGGUUGGCAUUGUCUCAAGUUGAAAAUAUCCAGAAGAUGAUGCCAGUACCACCAUAUUCAGUAAAAGGAUCCCUGGAAUUGACUUUAGGACCACAAAUGCAAUAUGAGAAAUCAGAGCCACUAAUGCAAAAUUUGAAAUCUGUGAAGUUAACCCCUGAGUCAUCCCCAGUAGUGGUGGGACCUAAACAAUUUAUCACAGGACCAAAACGACAUGUUCUGUAGUUGACCCCAGAGCCACAGUUCCACGGAGUAAAGUCUAUGCAGCUGCAUCCAGAGCCACAAUUACAAGAUGUGGAAUAUGUUAACUUAGUCCAACAGCCAGCUACUACUGGAAUGGUAGAAUCUGAGAAGCUGGUACAAGAACCAAUACUACAAUGUAUAAUAUCAGAGGAAUUGACUAAGGGGGCACAGCUUCAGGGUGUGAAAUUGAUCCCAGGGCCAUAUUUGCAAAGUGUCCGAUUUUCAAAUUUACCUCCAGGACCACUUCUUCAAGGAGAAAAACCUGUAGAUUUCAUCUCAGGGUCCCCACAUCAUAGUGUGAAAUCUGAUGCACUGACUCCACAUUCUCCAGUGCAAGAAAUCAAAUUAUCAGAUUUUACCCCACAGCCAAAGAAUCAAAGUGUUACGUUCAAACAACUCUCUCCAGAACCAGAAAAUCAAGGUAUGAAAUCUGUGGAACAAAACUCAGGACCAUGCUUGCAAGAUCCAAGAGCUCUUGAGUGA